AGUGCACGGUAGAAAGCAAAAGAGAGCAUGCCCACACAUCAGUGAGUGCGGAGUCCUGUCCGAGAAGCUUGUCCGAUAAAGUUACUAAUUUAAAAUCAGUUCUUUGUUUUUGGAUACCCAAAGCACCGGAAAAGUGGUCCGGGGCUGUGAGCGGACCUGGGACGUUGUUGGGGCCGUUGUUGGAUGAAAAUAUUCUUCCCCAACAAAUCUGAAUGCUUGACAAAAAUUCAGAAAGUGAAUGAGCUGCAUUAGCAGUGUGGCAGGCCAUGAUGAAUGGGGAGGAAAGAUUAAUUACUUCUUUUUUGAGAUGUCAGCAUUUUCUGGAAUGUUUACCAGUUUGGUGCCUACUUUUUGUUUUUGCCAUUUUCUUCCUGAAUAUUGAACUGGGUAUUUGCACUUGUGCACAAGGUGAAUUUGAGAUAAAUGGAGAAUGCUGUCCCAUGUGUUCACCUGGACACCACAUUAAAAGUCCUUGCUCUGAAUUCACCAGUACAACGUGUCUGCCGUGUCCUGACUCAACAUACGCUGCUAAACCUAAUGACCAUUUUGUUUGUUCUCAGUGUACCAUGUGCAAUACUGUAAAUGGACUAAGAGUAAAGGCAAAUUGCACACAGACGUCAGAUACAGUCUGUGAGCCGCUGGAGGGAUUUUACUGUACUGAAGAAUACAGUGUCGGCUGCAGUUAUGCUGUGGAACACACAAAAUGUAGCUCUGGACAAUACAUAAAGCAGAAAGGUACAAAGGCAUCAGAUACCGUUUGUGAGCCCUGUUCUCCAGGUUUUUAUUCUCCUAAAGUUGUGAACUGCUCUAAAUGGACAGACUGUUCAGUCAGAAAUGAGAUUGAGGACAAAGAAGGCACUUCCAUUAAAGAUAUUCAGUGCAAACCACAAAGGAAAAGAUAUGGUCUCAUAGCAGCUUUGCUCACAACUGCAGUUGUUUUACUCUUCUUACUUCUACUUUUAUAUUUGAAACACAGAAGUAGAAGAACCUUAAAAACAGUGUUUACAGUCCUGUAGAGCAACCAGAUCCUCAAGCCCAUAUGUACACCACCAUCCAGUCAACUGAAGAGCUGAAAUGUUAGCACAGGAUCUGCAGUCACAACUUGAUGCUGCUGUUCAGAUCGCACCUUACAUAGCUUUGGAAAUUGAUGAACUGAUUGUUAUUAAUGACACUGCUCAUUUUGUGGUGUACUGUAUCUGUAUUCAGAUUUUACCAUGCAGGGAAGAAAGAUUUCAUUAAGGGCCAUCUUGGAGGAUCGAUUUUCUCAGAGCAUCCUCAUCG